GUUAUUGUUGCAAUUCUUGAAAAAAGCUUUUAAAAUGAUUUUGAGCAGGUCUAAACCAGCUUUAGGCUCUAACAGCGAUUCUGCCAAGGGUAAAAGGGGAGGAAAUUUACCAAACAAAAAUACAUCUCAAUUUGAGGAUUAUUUAAGUAAAAGAGAUUAUGCAGGUGCUAUAACACUUUUGGAGUUUAAAGAAGCACCUGAUCAAAAUGGGUUGUUUUAUCUCUGGAUGGCCUAUUGUGCCUUUCACAAGGGGGAUUAUAAGAAAUCUUUGUCUAUUUAUCAGAAUUUAUACAAGAAUAAUCCAGAUUUGGCAAAUUUGGCGGUUAAUAUAGCCUGUUGUUACUUUUAUUUAGGUAUGUAUGAAGAAUCAAAAGAAACUCUGCAAGAAUCGCCGACAAGUGGGCUGAAAGUAAGGCUGAAUUUUCACCUUUCGCAUAAAUUACGCGACGAAAGUGCCUUGAUGGAGAGCCAUCAGCAAUUACAGGACGUCGCUGAAGAUCAACUUAGCCUGGCAGCCAUCCAUUAUCUGAGAGCGCACUAUCAAGAAGCCAUAGACAUCUACAAGCGCUUGCUGCUGCAGAAUCGGUACGUCACUGGUCGACCUUGUCGUCUAGGCACCUUGACGUCAAGGGAUAAUUUGGCUUUGAAUGUGUAUGUAGCUUUGUGUUACUACAAAUUAGACUACUACGAUGUAUCUCAGGAGGUGUUGGGAUUGUAUUUGAGUCAAUAUUCUGACUCCGUUAUUGCGACCAAUUUGAAGGCGUGUAACUCCUUUAGAUUAUAUAAUGGUCCGACGGCUGAAAAUGAGAUUAGAAGUAUUGUGGAUCAAUGCGCUAACGAAGGGUUUGGUUAUGACUUAAUAAAACACAAUUUGGUGGUGUUUAGGGAUGGUGAGGGCGCAAUGCAGGUUUUCCCAGGAUUAGUGGACGUAGUACCUGAAGCUAGAUUGAACUUGGUAAUCCACUAUUUACGUAAUAAUGACACCAAAGAGGCAUAUGACUUGUUGAAGGAUUUACAACCGUCUGUACCUCAAGAAUAUAUUCUUAAAGGUGUGGUAAAUGCGGCGUUAGGACAAGAUAUCAAUUCACAUGUCCAUAUCAAAACUGCCGAGGAGUGCUUCAAUUUGGUUGGUAGCUCUUCAAGCGAGUGCGAUACAAUUCACGGCAGACAGAGUAUGGCGGCAACUUUUUUUCUCUCGGGGCAAUUUGAAGAAGUUUUGGUUUACUUAACGUCUAUCAAGAGCUACCUCCACGCAGAUGACACUUUUAAUUUCAACUUUGCGCAAGCCAAAACGGCCUGCCAUCAGUACAAAGAGGCAGAAGAAGUAUUUCUCUUGAUCAAAAACCAUAAAAUGAAGCAGGAUUACGUUUACAUCUCGAACUUGGCCCGCUGUUACGUCAUGAACCGCAAAGCGCAGUUGGCCUGGGAGCUGUACAUCAAAAUGGAGAGCAGUCCUGACAGUUUCAAUCUCCUGCUUCUAAUAGCAAACGAUUGCUACAAAAUCGGGGAGUUCUGGUAUGCGGCUAAAGCAUUCGACAUGCUGGACAGGUUGGAGCCCAACCCGGAGUUCUGGGAGGGGAAGAGGGGGGCCAUAGUGGGGGUCUUCCAGAUGGUGAUCGCCAAAAAGUUCUCCGUUGAGGGGUUGGGGGACAUCCUGCAGCUAUUAAGGGGCAGUUCCACAGCGCAAGCCGAGAACAUUGCCAGGGUUAUCAGGAGGUGGGCCAAGGAGCAGAGGCUACCAAUCGCUUAA